AUGAGGGUCAUCCCUGGUGCCGUCCUCCUGCCCUGCCUUCUGCUGCUGCUGCACCUGGCCCCACGCACACAUGGCCUCGCCCCCCAACCCAGAGGGCACCUCUGCCGGACCCGGCCCACGGACCUGGUGUUUGUUGUCGAUAGCUCGCGCAGCGUAAGGCCCGUGGAGUUUGAGAAGGUGAAGGUGUUCCUGUCCCAGGUCAUCGAGUCGCUAAAUGUGGGGCCCAAUGCCACCCGAGUGGGCGUGGUCAACUACGCCAGCUCCGUGAAGCAGGAGUUCCCGCUGCGGGCCCACCUGUCCAAGGCCGCACUGCUUCAGGCCGUGCGCCGCAUCCGGCCGCUGUCCACAGGCACCAUGACUGGCCUGGCCAUCCAGUUCGCCAUCACCAAGGCCUUGAGUGAUGCUGAGGGCGGUCGCGCCAAGUCCCCGGACAUCAGCAAGGUGGUCAUCGUGGUGACGGACGGGAGGCCCCAGGACAGCGUGCGGGAUGUGUCUGCGCGAGCCCGGGCCAGCGGCGUCGAGCUUUUCGCCAUUGGCGUGGGCCGCGUGGACAAGGCCACGCUGCGCCAGAUCGCCAGCGAGCCGCAGGAGGAACACGUGGACUACGUGGAGAGCUACAACGUCAUCGAGAAGCUGGCCAAGAAGUUCCAGGAGGCCUUCUGCUUGGUGUCAGACCUGUGUGCCACCGGAGACCAUGACUGUGAGCAGGUGUGCAUCAGCUCCCCGGGCUCCUACUCCUGCGCCUGCCGCGAGGGCUUCACCUUGAACAGUGACGGCAAGACCUGCAAUGUCUGCAGUGGCGGCGGAGGCAGUUCGGCCAUUGACUUGGUCUUCCUCAUCGAUGGAUCCAAGAGUGUGCGGCCGGAGAAUUUCGAGCUGGUGAAGAAGUUCAUCACCCAGAUCGUGGACACGCUGGACGUGUCAGACAAGCUGGCCCAGGUGGGGCUGGUGCAGUACUCGAGCUCCGUGCGCCAGGAGUUCCCGCUGGGCCGCUACCACACCAAGAAGGACAUCAAGGCAGCCGUGCGCAACAUGUCCUACAUGGAAAAGGGCACCAUGACCGGGGCUGCCCUCAAGUACCUCAUCGACAAUUCCUUCACUGUGUCCAGUGGGGCCAGGCCUGGGGCCCAGAAGGUGGGCAUCGUCUUCACCGAUGGCCGGAGCCAGGACUACAUCAAUGAUGCUGCCAAGAAGGCCAAGGACCUUGGCUUUAAGAUGUUUGCCGUGGGCGUGGGCAACGCCGUGGAGGACGAGCUGCGGGAGAUCGCCUCGGAGCCCGUGGCAGAGCACUACUUCUACACGGCGGACUUCAAGACCAUCAACCAGAUUGGCAUGAAGCUGCAGAAGAAGAUCUGUGUGGAGGAAGAUCCAUGCGAAUGUGAGUCCAUUGUGAAGUUCCAGGCCAAAGUGGAGGGGCUGCUGCAGGCCUUGACCAGGAAACUGGAAGCUGUGAGUAAGCGGCUGGCCGUCAUGGAGAACAGGAUCGUCUAA